CAGUAAAUAAAUCCUAAAAAUGAUUUAAAUUGUAAUGGCCCAAAUUAUUUAUUUGGUGAAAACUCAACAUGGCUGAGAAAUCAUGGUCGCAUCAUGGUGGUCAUCAUAAACUUGCAGGACUAUAUGAACUAAAGAAAACAUUGGGACGGGGACAUUUCGCAGUGGUCAGGCUAGCCCAGCAUGUGUUCACUGGUGAAAAUGUUGCUAUCAAAGUCAUCGAUAAAACCACCCUGGAUCAAACAUCAAAGGAUCAUCUUUAUCAUGAAGUUACAUGCAUGAAACUUGUUCAGCAUCCUAAUGUUGUACGAUUAUAUGAAGUGAUCGAAACAUCUUCAAAGCUUUAUCUGAUAUUAGAACUUGGUGAUGGAGGAGAUAUGUAUGAUUAUAUCAUGAGACAUGAUCAAGGACUCGAUGAAGAGCAAGCGAAAGAAUAUUUUGCACAGAUCCUUUGCGCAAUAUCCUAUUGCCAUAAGAUGCAUGUGGUUCACAGAGAUUUGAAACCAGAAAAUGUAGUUUUUUUCGAAAGUCAAGGACUCGUUAAACUCACAGAUUUUGGAUUCAGUAAUCGAUACGACCCUGGAAAAAAAUUAUCAACUUCUUGUGGUUCUCUUGCGUAUUCUGCACCAGAAAUACUUCUUGGUGAAGAAUAUGAUGCCCCUGCUGUGGAUGUCUGGAGUCUAGGUGUUAUUUUAUAUAUGCUUGUUUGUGGCGAAGCCCCAUUCAAUGAAGCAAAUGACAGCGAAACAUUGACUAAUAUUAUGGAUUGUAAAUAUAAAGUAUUGGAUCAUGUUAAUAAAGAUUGUGGUGAUCUUAUCAAAAGCAUGAUAAUUAGGGAGCCCGGCGAGAGAAUGAAAUUAGAGGAUAUCAGAAAUCAUCCAUGGUUAAAAGAUUGUACAACAUUAAAAGAUGAUGUUUUUGAUUCCACGCCUGUUCUCACAAGAGAUUUGAUUUCGGAAGAUCUGCAUGAACAUAUUAUAGAUAGAAUGAUAGAAGGAAAACUUGUUGGGGACCAUGCCGAGAUUGAACAAGCGAUAAACGAAGAUAAAUACAACCACAUAACUUCAACCUAUUAUUUAUUAGCUCAUAGAAGCUUGGAUUUACAAAAUUACAUGGAUCUAAAAUCCGACAAAGAGGUGCCGGUACACAUACCACCAUCAGUGAGCAAUAACAAUCUAUUUCUACCUCAGAACGCUGAAAUGUUACCUACACCUAAAUCUAAUAAUAAUGCUCGAGCUUCCUCUCCCCCUCUCCAAGCAUUUUUACCACAAUUUCAAACGACAGUACACGCGCCCUGUCUUGCCACUCACAGCGAGAGUGACAUUGCGGAAGAUUCUUCUCCCGCCUCGUCCAACUCAAGCCUCUACUUUCCAAGUCACUCACAUCUUCACAAUAAAGGAGAUAAGAAGAUGAGUCCUCCUUUCCCAAGAGAGCACCUCACCAUCACACCGCGGCAUGGCUUCAGUGUCGCGAAAGGCGGCAUGGAUAUGCUAAUUGAGGAAGAAGAGCGAAGUCGAUCUCAAAAUACUACAGAUGAUGAGGACGAUUUUGCAUUAGGAAAGCAAGAAGAUGAAGACAUAACUUGUGCAAGAAUUAUCAACCCUGUACAACUAGUAGCACACAGCUUGCAACGGACUACAUUGCAAACAAAAGGCAACAGGAAACAGUUGAAAAAACGGAAGAGUGCACCGGUAUUGAAUGAAAUUUGUGAAGAAAAUGAAUCAGAAACUACAGAUUUAUCAGCAAAUAAUGCUGCAGCUUCUCAUCUCAGGCAAAACAACAAACAACCUCAAAGAAGAAGGCACACAACUACAGAAAAACCUACACAACACGAUUUAUCUCAUCGUGAUGCAGAGAUGAUUGAAUCUGAGGUUUUCGAUGUUGAAGACAGACCAAGUUCAGAAGAUGUCGUUCCAGAAUUACAUAUGGAUGCACAGUCUACAUUCACUAGAACAGGCCGAGGCAGGAGGAGGGGAAGUCAUAAAUCGAGUGGAUCAGAGACGAGUGAUGACGAUAGUGAGAGCAGGAGAACAAGUCGAACGAAUCUUCAUGCUGUUUUGGGUAGUCUACAUCGAAGACGGCGUGACUCUAGCGGAGAUAGGGAUGGAAGUGGAUCUGGUGGUCGUGGUAAUACAUGGGGAGCUAGAAGAAACAGUGGACCUGCUGGUUUGAGCUCCAAUGAAAAUGACGAAUCGAAUAAUAAUGCGAAUCAGGGAAGUACUAGCGGCACUCAGCAUAACGGUAACGAAGUACAACCAAGCGAACCUGAUAAUAUCAACUUCAAUAAUUCAUCAUGUGCUGAAAUUAUACAGGAAAGAGCUUUUUUUAGGUGUAUCACUCCGAAUAUAUUAAUUCCAUUAAGCAGUUCAUCAAAUGAUAACGUUCUCAAUAAUUUCCGAGGUAGAAAUGGAAAAAAGCAACAACCUCAACCCUGCAAUCACAUUUGCAACAUCCCGGAAAAAAGAAGCAAAAGUGCGGAAUCGAACCAGUCAAAUUACAACAGUAGUCAAACCAGCAGUGCACGCAGCAGCAGCUCAAGCUUAAGUCUCGGUUUUCGCCGUGGUAGAAUGUUAUCAGGACAUCGCGUAAGGAAAAACAGCAGAUCAACUAUGUCGGACACAGGACUCGUACUUCGUUGGAAUAACCUCAGGCACACUGGUAUUCCUAACUCUUCAUCUUCUUCUUCUAUUGGCUCGUUAUCGAUCAUUGUUCCAAGCAACGCAAGCUCUCGUUUACUCAGCAGCAGUCCGUGUUCAUUGCAUCGACCUCACAGUGAAGGAAAUGUCACUCAAGAACGUAUACAUGGUCGCGGUUCAAAGUUGAAACCAAAUAAACGACAAAGUAGAUCAACUUCGUUACCAAGGCCAUGUUGCUAUGUACGAAAUAAUUUAAACAACCCUCGCGCCUCAUCUUGCGGACCUUAUAUUACUCACGGUCCAAGUCGUAAACGACAAUGUAUUCCCGCUUUGGUGCAACCAGUUGUUUCUAUACAGCCAUGCAUUCCAGAGUCCCAAAUGGCGUCAAUUGAACCAGUUACUUAUUUAGCUACAGAAAUGAAAGAAUCAAAUAUAAAAAGGAGUAAUAUUAGUUUAGCAUCGUCGACUUGCAGCACAAGUAAAUACGCUGUUGAUCCAGUUAACGAAUUGAUUUUAUCGCCAAUGGACGAAGUGGAAGAAUCCAUAAAUGGUUCGUUAUCUCGACACGGGCAAAACAUGAAAUAUUUCAAACACAAAAAGCGUACUUCCAGUUCUACUUCUGCAGAUAGUAUCCAAGGCAACUUCAAUAAAUAUAUAGAAGAGAGUAACCCGCCGACACCAACGAAAAUGGGUCGCAUUAGAAUGACUUUUUUUCCACAUCUUUCAACGGACAACAUUUUUCGACGAAAGGGGGGGAGUAAAACUUCCCCCACAAGUUCAACCAUCAGGAAAAAAUGGGUUGAAAACGGCACGACCAGUCACACAAAAUUGAAGACAAUACCAGGAUCACAUCCUUAUGGGUUAUUGCCAACUGAAAACCUCGUAAAUGAUGACACUUUAGUUAUUCGUAAAACUAAACCUGAUUGUUGUGUCAUAAUGUGAGUUUGUGGCGAAUAUCAAUAUUAUUAUUACUAAUGUUGCACAAAUUUAGAAGACUUUGUAAUUGCGGCAAAGGUGUCACUUAUUAUCACUCGAGACCUAUCACUAUGUUUAUCAUUAUGGUGUUAAUUACUUUUUAUCUCAAAGACCUAUCGUUUUUAAAUAUGUCUUUAUGAUUUUUUAUAUAGAGGCUCCAUUAAAAGAAGCCAUUGAAGAUAUUGUGAAUUUGUCUAAAUAGGUUCAAGUUCUUCUAAGUAUCUUCGUCCUUAUCAAUAUUGUAUAUUUUAUACCUCUGUCAGCAAAAUAGUCUAAAUGAGCUAUUAACGGCUGAAAAAUUCCCCACUUGGAAGUUAAAACCUCCUAGUCACAAAUUAGGUUCAUUAAAGUUGUUGUGUUUUCAUGCAAUUUUUUCAUUGAUGUCACUGGUAUAUUGAAAUCGGGAAUUUACUUUGAAAUUCAUUGCAAAACAGGAUCUGGAAAAAUUGAAUCUAUUUGGAUAUAGAAAUACCAAAUUUUAAAAUUUGAUUAGCUGCCUGUUCUAUCCAUCCAUUGAUUAUGUUAUAGGUGAUAUUCUUAAAUUCUGAAACAGGUUAUCUUCUUCUUUUUUUUAAUCUAUGUGGUUCUAGAUAGGAAAAUUAUCUUGUUAUUAGACAGUUCCCUUGGCAGUGUUACUAACCUAUUAGCAGAAUUGCCAUCUGGUAUUGGCAAUUAACAUUUAACACAUCGAUGAAUCUAGGCAUAGUGUCUUUGACGUAUUGAUUUCUGUCACUUCUAAUCCCUAAAGAAGCUUUUAGGUUCACCAAGAUUAAUGCUAUUUUGGUGUUACAUUGAUUUCUUACCAUGAAGUCUUAAAGGUGGGAUAAUGUGGUGUAAUUCAAGAAACCUAAUUUGGAGGAAGAAACUAUUCUAUUUCAGUUAGAAUUAAGCCGGUCUCUAAGGGAUAUUCAAUUAAAGAUGGACAUGAUUUAAUU